CUCAGCAACACUCACCAGAAAUAGCGCUGAAGGAUGGAUGAAAAGAGUGGCCUGCCCUCGCACCGGGCUGGCACCGAGACGGCACGAUGGCAACGACAGAAACCACGCCGGUCGCGGGCAAUUCGAUUCUUGGCAGUCGGGUGCUUGUGUUUCAUUGCAGUCGCGCAGUGGAAGCAGGUCUUCUCUAGCUCUCCCAACCAGCCCGCUGCCCCCGUGGUGUCGCCGAACUCGGACGUCACGGUACACGGCCUCUCAGUCAAACGGUUGCAGGAAAACCUCGCCACGUGUGAAAACUUACGCAAGAAGCCGCAAGACCCAAUUGGCGCCGGACGCGACCGGAACGCGCGGUACGUGGACGGGCACGCCCCGACACUGAUCAAGAAUGCUACCGUUUGGGUGGGCGAACCGGCCGCCGGCACUUCCCCGGACGAUGCGCGGAACGGGACCGGGUUUUCUUGGAUCAAGGCCGAUGUGUAUCUGGAGUAUGGACUCAUCAAGAAAGUUGAAUCCACCAUCGCACUGUCCUCGGUUACCUCCGACACGGUGGUCUUCGACGCCGGCGGCCGCCCCCUGACAGCGGGCAUCAUUGACAUGCACACCCAUGCCGGCGUGGACUCGCUUCCGGAACUGUGGGGGAACGAAGACACCAACGAGAUGGCAUCUGACAUCACACCUUACGUCCGCUCCAUCGACGGCAUCCAGCCGUUAGAUCACCAGAUUCAAGUCAUCAAAUCAGGCGGUGUGACAACUAGCCUGGUCCUGCCCGGAUCCGCAAAUAACAUGGGCGGCGAGGCGUUUGUGAUCAAGCACGCCGUGGGCAAGGCCGAUGGACGCAACGAGACCAGCGCCGUGGACAUGCUUGCCGAUCCGGACCGCAACUGGCGCUUCAUGAAAAUGGCUUGCGGUGAAAACCCCAAGCGCGUGUACGGUGACUCCGGCAACGGCCCAACUAGCCGGCUGGGUGAGAGUUGGGAGUUCCGACAGGCCUUUGAAAAGGCAACCAAAGUGGUACAGGAGCAGGACGACUGGUGCAACGCCGCCGCUUCCGGCAUCCACCACAUGAAGUCAUACCUACCUCAGGAGCUCCGCUGGGAGUCACUGGGGGCCCUGCUGCGGCACCAGGUCCGGUUGAACACGCACUGUUACACCAUUCCGGAUCUUGAAGCAUUCGUGGACCACACCAACGAGUUCAAGUUCAAGGUCCAAGCCUUCCAUCACGCGCACCAGACCUACUUGGUUCCUGAGAUCCUCAAGCGGGCAUACGGUGGUGACGCCCCCGCGUCGGCCCUGUUUGCCGACAACAUGUGGUAUAAGGCGGAAGCUAACGUCGCGUCCGAAUACGCCGGCAAGAUCUUGUAUGACAACGGUUUGACACCUAUCUACGUCAGCGACAACCCGGUCCUCAACGCGCAACACGUGGUCUUUGAAGCUGCCAAAGGGUACAAGUACGGUUUGCCAUACCAUGUUGCGUUAGCUGCUGUGACUACUGCUCCGGCCGAGCGCCUUGGCUUUGGGAACAGGCUGGGCAAGAUUAAGCCUGGGUUUGAUGCCGACGUCGUGGUUUGGGAUAGCGACCCGCUCAGCGUUGGCGCGGCUCCAGUCCAGGUUUGGAUUGACGGGACCGCGCAGUAUGAUGACCCUGUGGUGCUGAAGAAGCCCGCAGCAGAGGUGAUUGUGCCUGAUGAAAGCCUGUCCAAAAUCCCAGAGGGGCCUGUGGCCAUGGAUGAGGUGAUCUUCACCGGGAUCUCCAAGGUUCUGCUGAACGAGGAUGUCAAGCACCUGUCCGCGGACAACGCCGUCGUUGUAUCCCAGGGAAAGGUCACCUGCAUUGGGGCCUGCGAUGCCGAGCUGCAGGCUGCUUCCCGCUCCAACACUCCCAUCAUCAACCUCAACAAUGGCUACCUCACCGAGUCUCUCACCGCAUUCGGCUCCAAGAUCGGCCUCAACGCUAUCGACGCCGAGAAGGACACCGACAACGGCCCUAGCGGCACGGCGUUCACCCGCGCCGAGGACGGCCUGGCCCUCGACACCCAGAAGACCAACACCUCCUACACCUACGGCGUCACCAAAGCCAUCACCGCGCCCAGACACCGUGGCCAAGCCACCCACUACGGCACCAGCGUCGGCUUCCUCACCGGCGCCCUCACCCCUCUCUCCAACAACACAAUCUUCGCCACCGAUGCCGCCGUCCACUACACCCUCACCCCCUCCGUCAAAUCCAACUCGGACACCCCCUCCAUCGCCGCCGCCAUCACCACCCUCCGCAACAAACUCCUCACCGCCGCCACUUCCACCUCCACGAUCACCGACCCUUACUCCGAAACAUCCUACCUCCAACGCGUCACCAACGGCACCCUCCCCUUAGUCAUCACCGUCCACUCCGCCGACACCAUCGCCGCCCUCCUCAAACUCAAAACCACCAUCGAAACCACCACCCACACCCCCCUCCGCCUGAUCAUCUACGGCGCUGCAGAAGCCCACCUCCUCGCCGCGGACCUCGCCGCCGCCGACGUGGGCGUCGUCCUCGCCCCCUUGUUCUCGUACGCCGCGUCCUGGGACCAGCGGCGCGCGCUGACGGGGGCGCCGCUGACCCGGGGCACGGGGGUGGAUCGCUUGCUGGAGGCGGGCGUGGCGACGGGGAUCGGGCUGGAGGAGGACUGGGUGGUGCGGGAUCUGGGCUUGUUGGCGGGGAUGGUGUGGCGGAAUGGGGAGGGGAGGGUGGAUGAGAGGGGGGCGUUGGGGAUGGUUGGGAGGGGGGUGUUGGAUAUGUUGGGCGUGGAAGGGCCUGGGGUGGCGGAGGGGCAUUUUGUGGUGUGGGAGGGGAGUCCGUUGGAGAUUGGGGGAAGGGUGAGGGGGGUUGGGGGGGGGGAGGGGGUGGGUUGA